AUAUGUCCUUUUUUGUCUUUUCAAAUCCCCAGUUUCCACUUUCUAAUUUCAUCAUUCUCCUUUUCCACUCCAUUGGCUACAUUACACUUUCACACUCCAAAUCGACACUCUCCUCGUUCUUCAGAGCUUCAAUUUGGAUUCUCAUUCUCUAAAAAAAUGGGUUCUCGAACCGGGUCGCACCAGCUAAGCAACGGGUUAAUCGUCUCGGGCCGACCCGAACAACACAAGGAAAAACAACCUACAGUCGCAUCUCGUGCCGUUCCUUACACCGGUGGCGACGUUAAAAAGUCCGGCGAGCUUGGAAAAAUGUACGGUAUCGAUUUCUCAAGUGGGGACAACCUCCACCCUCUUGGGGGCCCACCAAUUCUGAGGCCUUCAUCUUCUUCACAGCAUAAUAGUGGAUCCGGACCCGUCCGAUCCGGGCCUAACUCCGGCCCAAUUCCGAAAAGAUCCUCUUCCUCCGGUUCCGGUCCAAUAAUGACCCCAAUUCAGCCUACCGGUCUCAUUACCUCCGGUCCGUUGAGUUCCAGUAUUGGUCGACGGUCCGGCCAGCUCGAACCGGCCAGUUCAUUUAAGAAAGUAGUCUACGGCUCCGCCGUGACCAGCUUGAGCGAUGAUAUAAAGAUGGGUUUUAGGGUUUCAAGAGUGGCAAUGUGGGUUUUACUUGUUGUGUUACUAAUGGCUUUAAUGGCGGGUGCUUUUGUGAUGGCGGCAGUUAAAAAAUCGGUGAUUUUAGUGGGUGUUGGCGGAGUUUUAACUCCAAUUUUGGUGAUUUUACUGUGGAAUUAUGGGUAUAAAGAACGAGGCUUAGUGGGGUUCUUAAGAAGAUUUCCUGAUGCUGAGCUUAGAGGUGCUGUUGAUGGACACUAUGUGAAGGUUACUGGGGUUGUCACCUGUGGCAGUUACCCCCUUGAAACUUCUUUUCAGCGGAUACCAAGAUGUGUAUAUGCUUCUACAGAAUUGCAAGAAUACAAAGGUUGUGGUGGAAAAUCUGCACAUCCUAGACAGCGUUGCUUUUCAUGGGGUCGCAGGCAUUCGGAGAAACAUGUUGCUGAUUUCUAUAUAUCAGACUUUCAGACUGGAUUAAGAGCACUGGUGAAGGCAGGUUAUGGAGCAAAAGUGGCGCCAUUCGUAAAACCAACAACAGUUGUUGAUAUAUCAAAGAGUAACAGGGAGUUGUCUCCCAACUUCCUAAGAUGGCUUGCUGAUCGGAGCCUCUCAAGUGACGACCGUGUAAUGCGACUGAAAGAAGGUUACAUCAAAGAAGGGAGCACCGUUAGUGUCAUGGGCAUUGUAAGGCGCCAGGAGAACGUGCUAAUGAUCGUUCCACCAGCCGAGCCUAUUUCAACAGGCUGUCAAUGGGCUCGUUGUCUCCUUCCAACCUAUGUAGAAGGUCUCAUCUUGACCUGUGAUGAUAUUCAGAAUGCCGAUGUAAUUCCUGUAUAGGUUUGUGCAUGUAACACCAUUUUUGAUUACCCUAUGAGUUAUGGCAUCGCGAGGCCAGCAAAGCUGCCUUGUUUGGUUCCUAUGCAAAUAUUCAAGUGUAUGUAAGAUUGCAUAGCAGAACAGAAGCAGGCAAAACUGAUAUCUUUGAUGUCUGAAGUUGGUAGUCCUAUGUAUUUCAAUGUUGAUGGGAGAUAGAAAAUACCACGUGGAAUUAGUCGAGGUGUGCGCAAGCUGACCUGGACAACACAGUUAUCCAAAAAAAGGGCCUUCCUACCUCGAGUAGCUAAGCGUGUUGUAUCGUGUAGAUUUUAUAUCUAGUUUGGUUUUUAGUUGCAAUAUGUAUAUUAAUUGUUAUGUUUAUAUAGUAUAUGUUUAUAGCUUACUUUAGCUUUUCAUUUCAUGUGAACUUUUGGCUAAGCGUGUUGUAACGUUUGAACAAAUAAACCAGUAAAAUUAAAUA